CAGCAGCAGCGAUCCAAGAUGGCCGCCGCGACCAUGGCGGGGCUCGAAGCCCACCGGAUGGAGGAGAAGAAGCUGGAGUACUUCUCCUCCAUCAACUCCAUGGCCAGGAAGAUCAUGCAGGAGAGGGAGAAAAUCAAGGCCAAGCACGGCUCCAGCUGGGAGAAGAUGACUCCCCAGGAGCAAGACACCGCCAUCGACAACUGGAUGAUGGACCCGCACAUCCGAGCCCGGUACGCGAUGCACCGAGUGGACCGGGAGGAGGUGGUCUGCUACCCCAAACUGCUGCUCCAGACCGGACAGAAGAUCGUACACUUCGGGGAGGAGGACAUCACCUGGCAGGAUGAGCACUCUGCCCCGUUCUCCUGGGAGACCAAGAGUCAGCUGGAGUUCAGUCUGACUCCCGGCUCCGCGGAUCAGCUCCUUCCCACGUCUCAGUUCGAAUCCAAAGCUGCCAAAGCUCCUCACGGCGGCCAGCUGGGGAAGAGCAGCGCAGGAACCAAGGUGUCGGUGAGCGAGGGCCGCAGGCCGGACGAGGAGUCGUCCUUCUGGAAGAUCAGCGCCGAGCGGUCCCGCCUGGAGGGCGAGCAGGCCGACUUCCAGUCCCUGACGCCCAGCCAGAUCAAGUCCCUGGAGAAAGGAGAGAAGCCGCUGCCCUCCUACCUGAGACAGGAGAGCUCCAAGGAGCCCGAGACGCCCGAGUCCCACCCCCCACCGGCUGCCAGGUCCACCAAGCAGAGAGCCCCCAAGCCCCCGGCGCCCCCGCCCCCCGUCCCGGUAGCCGUCAGCGCCAUCCCGGCGUCCAUCUCCAUCUCCCCGAGCCCUGCGCCGCCCGUCGGGCCCUCGGCGGCGGCGGGCUGGGAGCGGUCGCAGAGCACCCUGCCGUCCGUCAGCAACGCCGCGGACGACGUCUUCCCGUCCGCCGGCCUGAUGUCCAAACCGUCCGCCGGCUCCGACAAGAAGGAGGACGAGGCGUCGCCCGGCUUCGACGCCGGGAACGCCUUCUCUCAGUUCAACACCAGCAACAACAUCCUGAAGACCGGGUUCGACUUCCUGGACAACUGGUAAUGGUCUCCGUGGUAACGGUCCCCCCUUUCCGACCCCUCCCAUCACCACUUUAAAGGACCACUCUGCCAUGGCUCCAGUCUUCAAACACUACGUUCUCCUCGCCAUCAGGACCUCGCCUCGCCGCCUGUUUGCUGCUGGGUUCAUUUUUACACCCCAGAAGAAUCUUUUCAUCUCGCCGCCAAACAAACCUUUUGACUUUCAUUGUUUUUUUUGCUUUAAAGAACUAAAAAAAAAAAAAAUGAAUAAUUUAAAAGUGGAUCAGAGGUUUUCAAAGUGUGGACGUCUGAGCUGGAACCAGAUCUCAUCUCCGACCAUUUGGCUCCAUCAUCCGUAAAACAACAAAACUUUUCCUGGUUAGCGAAGCGCUGCUUUUGUCAAAUAUCCUGUUACACUUAUUGUUUUUGCAACAGAUUGUACUAUUUCAGCAGUUUGUACUGUACUGAUAAUACAUUCAGAUCCAAAAAGCUUCUUCAUUAUUCUUUUUCUUGAGAGAAAAAAAGCGUCCCACUGAAAUCUUUCCAGCGGCCUUUGGAGUGGCCCCGCCCCACACUUUGAGAACCUCCAUUAGUUUCUGUUGUCGUCCAUGCUACCUCCGGUAGCCUCUGUGAUUCUGUUGCUUGCAGUGUGAAGUUGCGCUCACACGUAGCCGUUAGCCGCUAAGCUAGCGAUGAGCAGAGAAGCGUUUAGCGGCUAAACGCAUGUAGCGAUUAGCGCUCCGCCCUCCUCCACACCUUCCAGGUGAUUCGCCGUGCUUUAUUUAUGCUUUACAGUCAGUUUGAAGAGUAGGAAGUGCUGCAGUCUCGACACACACAGUGCAAUUUACAACACGGCGUCUGUCCAGGGGAUGUUUUCAAGCAAGAAGAAAGGGAUUUUCAAAAUCAUAUCACAAGUGUUUCUAGAGCGUAUUUCCAGUUUUUAUAGAAUUAAAACAGUUUUUUGGGAGAAAAAGAAAAAAAAAAAAGAAGUGGGAGUGAAUAAGAACCCUGAGGUACUCCGAGUCAGCCAGGGAAAACAGGACCUGUUCCAGACGCUCUCUGCUCCUCCAGACCUUUGACCCCUCACCCCCCACCGUGUCCUCACUCGUGCAUCCUCACGUGAACAUCGUGCCGUAGGUGAAUGACUUGGCGUGUUUUAGAGGCGUGUCACAUCCCACCUCCAUGACUAGAGUACUAUUUUCCUGAAUUUUAUAUUUAUCUGCUGAUUGUAUCUUCUGCUAUACAUGUAUAUUGCACUCAGAUCAGGAGGAAGAAAAUAAAGUCCAGAUCGAUCUGUC